UGGGGGGAUGUCUUUGUUGGUCCAUCUGCUCUUUAUGCUCUAAUUCGCUUCUUCAUCUCAUCCACUUCUCGCCAACUUCAUUCGAAACCUCUGAGCUGCCUACACACAAACCCAUCACAAAGGCACAUGCCUAACGCCUAACAUCUUUCGCACACACGCUCGUUCACAAUUACCCCUGCUGCACACAGGCGUUAUCCGUUAGUUCAAUUGAUAAAAAAAAAAAAAAAGACGGUCCCAGCAAUUAUCAUUCUUGAGAGCACUGAGGCAACCAUGGACCCUCGCCAACACAACCAAGGACAGCAGCGACUAUCGUCUGCCUUCACUUUCGAGGCCUCGGGGCAAGCACCGUUGACCUCGAAGAGAGCAAUCGAUGCUUUAAAGGGAAUCGGAACAACAGCGACAACAGCUGGGGAUGGCCUCUCAUACAAUACCAACCCCGACUUGGCGCCGUCCGCAGUUGAACUGGGAAGAAUGGUCACGUCAGCGCAGCCAGGGUCUUCUCUGAGUUCACCUUCGGCCCCAGAGAUAGACUUCAUCCUUCGCACCCCGUCACCACCGCCCGCUUUCACGCACCCGCCCUCGCCUCCUCGCCCAGAAUUACGACGAAAACUGCCUUCAGGAAGCUUCGCGUGGUUGGAAGAAUCGGGAGCAACAGGAGCGGAGAAGCACCCAGCGUUCCGCCAUCUGUACAGCACCCAGUUAUCCAACCCCGCUCAGGAUAGGGUCUCGCUCUCAACAAGCGGCAGCCAUGUGACUGAGAACGAGCAGCCUAGGAGGCCCUUGACGUCCAUAGCAGGGUCUAGUCGAUGUCUUUGGCCGCCAGACUCUACGUUUUUGACAAUGACAAGCACAUUCAGGGAACGUGCAUUCCAGCACACGAGGAUAGAGCCAGAGAAGACUGUCAGCGGCAGAUCUUCAGUCGGAGUUACAGCAGCUAUUGAGGCGUCGCAAAAGAACCAUAGCCGUUCUGAAAGUUAUAAGGAUACAGGUGAUUGUAUGUAUGAGCUGCAGCCACGCAGGAAGGCACGGAGAGUGACGGACGGCCCAUAUUUCAAUGAGAGGAAUGGCCGUAUGGUUGCGGGGCAUGUACGGAAGUUGAUCCAGGAAGCUGUGGAGGACGGUGUGGGUGAACUCGAUCUCAGGUACCGUAUUCAUGUUUGUUUUUUUUCUUGAUUCUUCCACGCUGGCAAAGUGCUUGAGCACUCAUCCGAAUUUGUUCUUGAUACGUCUUCUAGUAACCUUGAGCUGAAUGAUCU